AUGGCUACCCUGAAUUUUGCGCUGGUCAAUACGACCGGGUCCAACAAUGUUUACGCUUAUAUCACCGGUCAAGCUAUCGAUAAUAACAAUGCGCUGUUCCUCCUGCAGGCGGAUGGCAAGACGGCCUAUUUCCCCACGUCACCAUCGUCGACCCUGACGGCCCUGAGCCAGGACUGCGCAAUCCCGCUCGGGGCAUCGGGCAGCACCAAGACAGUGACCAUUCCACACAUCGCAGGUGGACGCAUUUGGUUUGUUCGCGAUGGCAAGUUGACCUUCUACGUCAAUCCCGGCCCCGCGCUGGUGGAGCCGUCGUCUUCCAACCCGUCCGACCCGAACUACAAUCUGUAUUGGGAUUUUUGCGAGUUCACUUGGAACUCCGCCCAGCUUUAUGUCAACAUUACAGAUGUGGAUUUUGUGUCACUGCCCAUUGCUCUGGCCUUGACGAACACAUCUGGUGUCACUCAGACGGUCCAGGGUCUUCCACCCGGAGGACUGGACACUAUUUGCACGGCGCUCAGGACGCAAAACUCGAAGGAUGGUGCGGGAUGGGAUAAACUGAUCAUCAGCAAAAACGGCGCCAAUCUCCGUGCCGUGUCCCCAAAUACCGGUAUCACCCUGAACAAUUCUCUGUUCAAGUCAUAUUACGAUGCCUAUGUUGAUCAAGUGUGGUCCAAAUAUGCCAGCGAUACCUUGACUGUCAAUACCCAGGCGGCCGCCGGUGAUGUCACUGCCACCGUCUCAAAUGGCAAGCUCAACUUCUCAACCGGCAAUAUCUCCUACAAUCAACCUUCCACAGCCGACAUCUUCAGCAACAGCUCAGGAGCCUUUGCCGUCUCGGGCGAUAGUACCAAGGAUGCCAUCACAGCUCGACUAGCCGCUGCCUUCAAUCGAUCCACUCUUCUGACCAACACGAAGCAGCCGAAUGGCGAGGUGGUAUCCAACUACUAUCAAAACUCCGUGACAAACCACUAUGCUCGUAUCUGCCAUGCCACCACGAUCAAUGGCCGUGGAUACGCGUUCCCGUAUGAUGACGUCGGUCCUUCGGGGGGCACGGAUCAGUCUGGUAGCGUCUUCGAUGGAAGUCCAAAGCUUCUUACCGUCACUGUCGGUGGUCUCACGAAUGCAGUGAGCGAAAACACAGUGAGCGAGACUGUGCCUCAGUCUAGUGUCCCUCCCCCUGUUCCCAAGAAGCCGAGUCGGUUGGCGGGUCUCAAGAAUGUGUGGCAUAAGUUUUCUCACAGUUAG